AUGGUGAACUCCCUGAACUACCUGGCUUUGUAUGCCUCUGGAGGAGUUCUUCCACGUGCAGUGGCCGAGAGGAGCCUGACCCAGGCGCAGGAGGGUGCCGUCUUGCACCUGUGCGACCUGGUGGAGCAUCUGAGGGACUCUAAGGUGCGAUCCCCGGGGUUUCAAGAGGCAUCGAGGGACCUAGGAGCUGCACGCUUUGACUAUGCAGGAGAGCCUGUGGUCCCCCUGGAGGAGUUGGUUGCGGAAAAAGUAAUCCAGGCCUGGCCGAAGAUUGGUGAGGCGGCAGUCCAAGAUGCCAUUGAGCUCGUGCCCGAGCACCUACGUCGACAACUCCUGGAUCCGCACUCCUGCUUGAAACAACUGCAUGAGUGGCCUGAGCGGCCAGUGACCUCCAAGGUGAGAGCUUCCCCUGGUGAGUGGGAGAAGAUAGUAGCUGCGGCGCAUGCCCGGGGGCUUAUGGUGCCGGUGGAGGUGGAUGAUGUCUUCAAGGAUUCAUCAGGUCACCCCGUCCUCAAUGGGGCGGGUGGUGUUCGGAAGUUAAAGAAAGUUGGAGGUGAAACCAAAGAACUCCAGCGGUUCAUCUCCAACCUGAUCCGUAGCAACAUGUACCAGGAACGGAUCGAUGGAGAUGACAAGUUGCUGCCUUACCUGGGGCAGCUCACCCUUGUUGAACAAGGUGACUCAGAGAUCAUCCUGGUGGACUCUGAGGACUUCGUGCUUCAACCUGUUUUUGGAGGACCUCCAGGUCAUCGGGUGUACCCGGCGAUGGCCGUCCUUCCCAUGGGCUGGCUGUCGUCGGUGGCUGUCAUCCAGUCCAUAGUUCGCACCCUGGUUUUCUCUGAAGCAGGGGUGCCGCCGGUGUCGGAGGUGGCAAAGACUAAACCUAUACCAGAGGAUGAUGAUCUCACGGUCAUCUAUCUGGAUUCCUUUGACCAGCUGCGGAGGCUCAGCCGAGGGUGUGAGGAAGCGCUUCAGGAGACGAUGUCCAGCAGGCAUCGGGAUUUUCUGGAGGUAUGCAAGAGGAGAGGGUUGCCUCUCAACGAGGCCAAGCGCUUGGUGUCCUCGACGCAUGGAACCCUUCAAGGUGGAGAAUUGGACGGGAUCAAGGGUCGCUAUGGACUUGCCAGAGAGAAGAUGGCCAACUUGGUAGGCUUGGGUGCAGCUCUACUGGGGCAACAGACUUGGUCAGAGUUUUUGCUGCGCCACUUUGUGGGAAAGGCAACUUUCGGUAUGUGUUUUAGGCGGCCUCUCUUUGCUGUUUUCCAAGAGAUCUUUGGGGAAAUUCAAGCCCAUGCAGAACAAGGCACCUCAGCCAGGCCGACAUCAUCGGUGGUGGAUGAAGUGAUCCUCGCCAUGUCCCUUGUCCCCAUGAUGGUGACCAACCUGAAAGCACCAGUGGAUUCAGAGAUCGGGGUGACUGAUGCUUCACCAAGUGGGGGUGGGGCCGCAGUGGCCACGGCUUUCAGGCACCCAGCCAAUACUGUGGAGGCAACGCCUGAUCGGUGCUAUGAAUGUGGACGGGCCCUUGAAGCAGGAUCCAUGUACCCCUGCCCAGCUGACUGUGGUGGGGUGUUUUGCACCCUGGCGUGCGUGAUGGAGCACCGGGACAUUGUUCACCCCGCAGCGCGGGAGUGCCCUAGGAGGGCGUGGCGUCCUCCCCGUUUUGGUGAGCGUUUCGCGGGCCGUCGUGCUCCUCUCUCCCACGCGGUGGCAAUGGUGGGCCACAUUGAGGUCCAGGAGCCCUUUGACAUCCACUUUGGCCACGACGUGUUCACCGACGAGGGCAAGCAGACUCUGUCGAGGCUAUGUGACGACGAGCACCUGGCGGCAGAGCACUGGGCACCUGAGUGCAAGCUGUUCUCAAAGGCUCGGGGCAAAGUAGUCAGGCUUGAAGAUGGUACCCGGUUGCCUGGGCCUCAGCCUGUGAGGGACCACAAGCACAUCAUGGGUUUCCCCUGGCUUCCGGUGGAUGUCAAAGCAAGGGUGCGUCAGUCCAAUAGCAUGGUGACUCGCGCCCGGCGCCGGGGAGCUGCCGCAAAAGGGCGGCGCUACUGGUCGAUGGAGCAUCCGUACAACUCUUGGGCGUGGGAGUUCAACCUGACCAAGGAGGUGGAAGAACUUGAAGGCUAUCAGCACACUGUGGGCAGCAGCUGUUGCUUUGGGGGUCGGCGUGAGAAGUGGUUUUCCUUCCUCAACAACAUGCCGCUACUGCAGCAGUUUCUAGGACUGCCGUGCCCAGGACAUGAAGGGCUUCUCCCUUACACCGUCAGCAGACGUGCAGAUGGGAGACUUGCCUUCGACACAGAGGAAGAGGCCGAAUACCCUUGGGGGCUUUGCAGGGCGUAUGCCCAGGCGCUACGUCAGCAGCUUGACAGGGACGGCAUCUUUGAGCACAUGGUCUUGCAGGAGCGAGAAAGCUACUACACCGUCCAGAUGCUGCACUCAACCGCGCGUUUGGCCACCCCCCUGGUUUCUGAGGUGGUGGGAUUCCAGGGCAAGAGCGAGGCAGCCACUUACCGUGGCACGGAUGUCAGAUUUUUGGUGGAUCUGGGGACCGAUGAGUCACCAGACGUGCAUGAAAUACCUUAUUUGGCGAUGAGGUGGCAUUGGCAGACGGUCCUGGCUUUCCCAUGGAAGCAACCAGGCCACAUCAAUGAGUUGGAGCUCAACACGGUCGCGGUCUUUUUGAAGCGGCGCAGCCGAUCUUCAGGUAAGCUCCACAACAAAUUCUUCCUGGUCCUGGACUCCAUGGUGACGCGGGGUUGCCUAGCCAAGGGCCGGAGCAGUUCGAAGCGUCUCAAUCAAGUCCUACGGCGAUGUUCAGCCCACCUGUUGGCCACUGAUGGUUACCUCUUCCCCCUGUGGACCAUCAGUGCCUGGAACUUCGCGGACAAGCCCAGGCUUCAUCCCAGGACUUUGAGAGCGUACCGGACUGCAAUUGACAGGUUUCUCCGUUUUGUUAGCAAGCGGAGAUUGGACAUAUCUCGUCCGAGCCGCCUCGAUCGCCAAAUUGCUGAAUUCAUCGAUGUUUCAUACCAGGAGGGGGAGCCCCUGUCAUAUGCGGGCCACCUGCUCUCAGCAGUGAAAAGGUUUCACCCCCGCCUUCGGCUAGCUUUGCCCGAGGCAAGUCAGUUUUUGCGGAACUGGCAACGCUGCUAUGUUCCCCAUCGGGCAGUUCCCGCUUCGUGGCCAUUGGUGGAGGCCCUUAUGGGGUAUGCCUUCCGCCGGCGUGAGCCCGCGUUAGCCCUGCUGCUGGCACUGGGAUUCUCCUGCCUGCUCCGUACAGCUGAGAUGUUGGCACUCACCCACCAUCAUGUGGUGUUUCAUCCAGGCCAGCGUGGACUCAGUGUUAUACUUCCAGGAAGCAAAACUUCUCAGGGAAAUCCUCAAGUCUUGUUAAUUGAUGAUACAGACCUGGUGGCCUUGGCACGUACCAUCGUCAAACCGCGGUGUGAAAGUUUGCUGUGGCCUCAUGGUCCUCAUCGCUUCAGGAGGACCUUUGGUUUUCUUUUGGAAGCGCAGGCUUUGGCGCUGCAGACUACACGCCUUACUGCCUGCGCCGGGGAGGAGCAACAUUUUGGUGGCAAUGUCCGCGUACGGCGAAGUCCUACGUUGAUGAGGGCACCAUGCAGCUGGCGCAUGUCUCUUGGACGCGGUCCCAAAGGGCAUUGGUUAAGCAAGGGCGCACACUUUGUUCCCAAGUACGGCUUCGCCAGCAUCGAAGCAGAAGUGGAUCCUAGUGAGGGCCGGAAUUAA